AUGAUUGCGUUACGAAACCAGCCUAUCCUACCCCCCGCCAAAGUGGAUAUCUCACUACUACUAAAACCUCAAGAUGAGGAGGAGACGGCACCGGUGACCUCUGCGCCCACCCUUCCACCGAAUCCACUGCCGCCGGCGCCCAUGGUGCCUGCGAUGUCAGUACCCGCCCCGAACCCGGUCUCGACGGUGGCACCUUUCUCGGUCAAAACAACGAGCUCCGUGCCGGCCAAGCGCCUCCAUCCUGGUCACGCCGCGGAAUCGCCCGCCAAAAAGCAGUCUAAAUGGUCUCCCGAAGAAGAUGCUUUGAUCAUCGAACUACGGGGGAGUGGCAUGAAGUGGGAAGAUAUCAGCAAGCGACUUCCUGGACGAAGUGCGAUCAGCUGCCGCCUCCACUAUCAGAAUUAUCUAGAGCGCAGGAGCGAAUGGGAUGAAGACAAGAAGAACAAACUUGCGAGACUAUAUGAGAGAUUCAAAGCCGAAAUGUGGUCCAAGGUGGCCGAGGAAAUGGCGAUUCCUUGGAGAGCGGCAGAGGCCAUGCAUUGGCAAUUGGGAGAACAGGAGAUGGCCCGCCGAGCCGGUGUUGUUCCUUUCUCGCUGUCGAGCACGGCCAUCGACCCGCCAGCCCCGAGAACCCGCAGAGCGAGCACGUCUCUAUCCAGGCCGAGAAAACCAUCCGUCUCGCGCGCCAUCCACCCCCCACAACUCCCAUCCGUCGAAGAGCUCACAGCUGGUGUUCCCGCAUAUGCGCCUACGCCGCCGCCAUUUGCAUUUCCACGAGACCCCUACCGAGUAGGACGACCGCUAGAUAUGGCUAGCAGUCACGGUCACCUGGGCCCUGCGCUUGGCCCGCCCCCUCGGACCCUUCCUUAG